GCAAUGAGGCGCAAGCCAGACCCAGCCAUUUUCACCUGGGGACUGUCUAGAUGGCAUUCUGGACGUAAUAUUCGGACAUACCGAUGGAAUUGUCGAUCCCGGGGCAGAGUGGUCGAAGUUUGAACUACCUAUAAAGACAUACAUCUGUACUGCCGUACAGCUUCCACUUUACAAGUUUCUCAAGCAGAUUCUGAGCUUUCAAUAUCUUCUCCUGUCGUACGCUCAGCCCUUCUUCAUUUACACUAUGCAUCUCGCCAAUCUUCUUCUGUUGGCCUCAUCCGCCGCAGCAGUUUCACUGCCAAACUUCCUCGAUGUUUCAUCACUCUUCACUCGCGACAUCCUUGCUCGCAGCUCUGGCUCGUGUCCCGCUGUCUGGACCCAGAUCUCCAAGGACUUGACAGCAAAGUUCUUGACAGAUGGGCAAUGCAAUCCCGAUGCUCGCGCAGCUAUACGAGCUGUGUUCCACGACUGCGGAGCAUGGAACAAAGCCCAAGGCGCCAAAGGCGGUUGUGAUGGAAGUCUCAUCCUUGCAAACGAAGUUGCUCUACCUGAGAACAACGGUCUCCAAGGCAUCGCCGCCUAUCUGCAAACACUUGCCAGUAAUUACAAAGUUGGCGUCGCAGACAUGAUCGUCUUUGCAGGUUCCCACGCAAUUGUUACCUGCCCGGGCGGCCCACGUGUGCAGACAUACGUCGGCCGCAAGGACUCAAGCACCCCUGCGCCAGAAGGUCUCCUUCCUGACGUCAACGCGUCCGCAGAUAGCCUUUACAAGCUCUUCCUAGACAAAGGCCUUGACGCAAGUGACCUCGCGGCCCUCCUCGGUUCACACUCGACCUCCAACCAAUUCCACUUUGACGAGAGCGCAGGAAAUGUCGGCGCGCCUCAGGACUCAACCCCCGGCAUCUGGGAUGUAAAAUACUAUUCAGAGACCACCGCACCGCCCAAGGGCGUUUUGGUGCUGCCCUCUGAUGCCAAGCUUGCUGCGCAUGCCACCGUUGGCAAGGAGUUCAAGGGAUUCGUUAAUAACGCAGGGAAGUGGAAUGGUAAGUUUGCGGAUGCGAUGGCGCGUAUGGAGAGGUUUGGGAGUAAUGGGACUAAUGGUUUGAUUGAUUGCACCAAGGCGUUGCCGAGUGCGACGAAUGCAAAGAGGGAGUUCAGGGGAAUGCCGAUGUUCAAGCCGAGGCAUUAGGGGAGGGUUGAUGAUGGUUAUGAGUUAUGAUUUCGUACAUAGACAACAUCGGAGCUUUCAAUCUUCAAGAUCAC